GCCACCUUGGCCCUCUUUGAGAGGCUGGGUGUUCCCCAGGGUACUGCGAGCCCUCCCCUCCUGGGCCUGCGCCCUGCCCUCGGGGCUGGCUUCCUUGCACCUGCCACGCCAUGCCUCUGCUUCUGUAACUCUGUAUCUCUGCUCCCACGGCUUCCCCUGGUCACGCAGGGUCACAGGGCCAAGGGUGUCCCUCCCUCUGAUAAGAAAGACCUGGUGGAGCGGGGCGGGGAGAUGAGUUCAGCCAGGGCCACUAGGAAUGAGAAAGUCAGAAAGGAGCGACUUCUGGUCUGGUGAGCAAAGCAGCAGAGAGAAGAAGAAGUUGCAGCUGCAGGAUUCAGGUUCCAUGUAGAAAGGACUUCCACGGAUGGAGGAAUGAGCAAACCUCACACAGAGGAUUCCGGAAGAGCGGUGCCAGGGAGCCUGGGGUAGUUGAGAGUCACCUGCUGAGACGUAACAGGAUUGAGAUCCCCGCUCUUCCCCAGGAUGGACAUCGGGAGCCUCCCAGACAUCGAGAGCCACAGGGACCUCCACAUCUGGAUCAUUGAGAACCUGAAGCUGGUGCCCGUGCCCGAGGGGGCUUAUGGGAACUUCUUUGAGGAACACUGCUACGUCAUCCUCCACGUCCCCCAGAGCCUGAGGGCCACACAGGGGACACCCAAGGACCUGCACUACUGGAUCGGAAAGAAGGCAGACGCAGAGGCGCAGGGCGCGGCGGGCACCUUCGUGCAGCACCUCCAGGAGACCCUGGGUAACGCCACCGUGCAGCACCGCGAGGUACAGGCCCACGAAUCCGACUGUUUCUGCAGUUACUUCCGCCCAGGGGUCAUCUACAGGAAGGGAGGCCUAGCCUCUGCCCUCAAGCAUGUGGAGACCAACAUGUACAACAUCCGGCGACUGCUGCGCAUCAAAGGGAAGAAGCACGUAUCAGCCACUGAGGUGCAGCUCUCCUGGGAAAGCUUUAAUAAGGACGACAUCUUCCUGCUGGACCUGGGCAAGGUGAUGAUCCAGUGGAACGGGCCCAAGAGCAGCAUUUCCGAGAAGGCACGGGCCCUGGCCCUGACCUGCAGCCUCCAGGACAGGGAGCGUGCUGGUCGUGCCCAGAUUGGUGUGGUGGAAGAUGAGGCCAAAGCCUCUGGCCUCAUGGAGAUCAUGGAAACUGUGCUGGGCCGCAGACUGGGCAGCCUGUACGCCGCCAUUCCCAGCAGAAGCAUUAACCAGCUGCAGAAGGCCCGCGUCCACCUCUACCAUAUCUACCAGAAGGAUAAGGACCUGGUGAUCCAGGAGUUGGCGACCCGCCUACUGACCCAAGACCUACUGCAUGAGGAGGAGUGCUACAUCCUGGACCAUGGGGGUUGUAAGAUCUACCUGUGGCAGGGACGCAGGUCCAACCACCAGGAGAAGACGAUUUCCUUCAGCCAGGCUCAGGGCUUCAUCCAGGCCAAGGGCUACCCCACCUACACCAACGUGGAGGUGCUGAACCAGGGCGCCGAGUCCGCCGCCUUCAAGCAGCUCUUCCGGACCUGGUCUGAGGAGCAGCCCAGGAGCAAGAACCUGGGACUGAUCCGUAAAUUGAAUCAGGUAAAGCUGGACGUGGUCAAGCUGCACAGCCAACCUGAGCUAGCCGCCCAACUCAGGAUGGUGGAUGACGGCUCUGGGAAGGUGGAGGUGUGGUGCAUCCAGGACUUAGGCAGGCAGCCCGUGGACCCCAAGCUCCAUGGACAGCUUUGUGCAGGCAACUGCUACCUUGUCCUCUACACAUACCAGAGGAUGGGGCACAUCCAGUACAUCCUGUACCUGUGGCAGGGCCACCAGGCCACCAAACAGGAGAUAGCGGCUCUGAAUGGCAACGCCGAGGAGCUGGACCUCAUGUACCAUGGAGCCCUGGUGCAAGUGCACGUGACCAUGGGCAACGAGCCCCCCCACUUCUUUGCCAUCUUCCAGGGCCAGAUGGUGGUCUUCCAGGGGAGCACCCAGCACAGUGGGAAGGGGCAGCCAGCACCCGCCACGAGGCUGUUCCACGUGCAAGGCACCGACAACUACAACAGCAGGACCAUGGAGGUGCCGGCCCGGGCCUCCGCCCUCAACUCCAGUGACAUCUUCUUGCUGGACACAGCCAGCAUCUGCUACAUCUGGUUUGGGAAGGGCUGCAGCGGGGACCAGCGUGAGAUGGCGCGGAGGGUAGUCACCGUCAUCUCUGAGAACGAGGAGGACAAGGAAACAGUCCUGGAGGGUCAGGAGCCUCCCCACUUCUGGGAGGCCCUGGGAGGCCGGGCCCCCUACCCCAGCAACAAAAGCCUCCCCGAGGACGUCUCCGGCUUCCAGCCCCGGCUAUUUGAGUGCUCCAGCCAGCAUGACCACCUGGUCCUCAUGGAAGUGGUGUUCUUCAGCCAGGAGGACCUGGACAAGUAUGAUGUCAUGUUACUAGACGCCUGGCAAGAGAUCUUCCUGUGGCUCGGGGAAGCUGCGACCAGGCAGAAGGAGCAGGCGGUGGCCUGGGGCCAGGAGUACCUGAAGACCCACCCGGCAGGGCGGAGCCCGGCCACGCCCAUCGUGCUGGUCAAGCAGGGCCAUGAGCCCCCCACUUUCACUGGAUGGUUCCUCACCUGGGACCCCUACAAGUGGACCGAGAGUGAGAACAACCAGUCCUACAGGGAGUUGGUGGAGGGCAGCCUGGAAGUAGUGUCUGCUGUUGCUGAGAUCACAGUAGAGGUCAACAACUUCCGGCUGCCAAGAUGGCCAAGCAACAGCAGGAGAGGCUCCUUGGCCCCGCAGGCCCACAAGGGCCCCCAGGACAAGUCAGAGAAAGAGCUGGAGCUGGGCCCCAAGGCGGGAGGCAGCAGCACCAGCACCAGCACCAGCACCAGCACCAGCACCAACAGCUACCACAGCAGCCCCGGACCCAUGGCCAACGGGUACCUGUCCCGCAAACAGUUGAUGUACCAGGCCGCCAAGGACCUGCCAGAGGGCGUGGACCCGGCCCAAAAGGAGUUCUAUCUCUCGGACUCUGAGUUCAAAGACGUCUUUGGGAAGUCCAAGGAGGAGUUCUACAGCAUGGCCAAGUGGAAGCAGCAGCAGGAGAAAAAGCAGCUCGGCUUCUUCUGAACCCGGGCCCUGCUGCUGCCAGUGCCCGCACAUGGCUGAGCCCCGCGGGGAACUCCCCGGAGCGUACCUGAGCCCCCCUCCCCAUCAAUAAAAGCUUGUGGCCCUCA